AAGAAACAGCAGGAUAUCUUUGCUGUCGGAGAACGCGGAGCACCACAGACAGGAACUUGGAAGGAACUGAAAUCUGUUGCCUGCUCCACUAGGAAUAUUGUUUGCAAGACACCAGGUGUCUUUCGGGAGUGAGCGCCCUCUGCGCAUGCGCAGGUCCAUUCGGGAAUCACUGCCCUGCCGCCGACUAAGUUGCAUUCCUUGAAUCUUCGCAGAAAAGACAAUUCUUUAAUCAGAGUUAGUAAUGUGGACAGUACAAAAUCGAGACAGUUUGGGGCUUCUCUCUUUCCCUGUGAUGAUUGCCAUGGUCUGUUGUGCACACAGCGCCAACGAGCCCAGCAACAUGUCAUACGUGAAAGAGACAGUGGACAGACUGCUCAAAGGAUAUGACAUUCGCUUGCGGCCGGACUUCGGAGGGCCCCCCGUGGACGUCGGGAUGAGGAUCGAUGUCGCCAGCAUAGACAUGGUCUCCGAAGUGAACAUGGAUUAUACUCUCACCAUGUAUUUCCAGCAGUCUUGGAAAGACAAAAGGCUUUCUUAUUCUGGAAUCCCACUAAACCUCACACUAGACAACAGGGUGGCUGAUCAACUCUGGGUACCAGACACCUACUUUCUGAAUGACAAGAAAUCCUUUGUGCAUGGGGUCACAGUGAAAAAUCGCAUGAUCCGCCUGCAUCCUGAUGGAACAGUUCUCUACGGACUCCGGAUCACAACCACAGCUGCGUGUAUGAUGGAUCUACGAAGAUAUCCUCUGGAUGAACAAAACUGCACCCUGGAGAUUGAAAGUUAUGGCUACACCACCGAUGACAUUGAGUUUUACUGGAAUGGAGGAGAGGGCGCAGUAACAGGCGUCAACAAAAUUGAGCUCCCUCAGUUUUCAAUUGUCGACUACAAGAUGGUGUCGAAGAAGGUGGAGUUCACAACAGGGGCAUACCCACGACUGUCACUAAGUUUUCGUCUCAAAAGAAACAUUGGUUACUUCAUUUUGCAAACCUACAUGCCUUCCACACUGAUUACAAUUCUGUCCUGGGUGUCGUUUUGGAUCAAUUAUGAUGCAUCUGCAGCCAGAGUUGCACUAGGCAUCACCACCGUGCUGACCAUGACCACCAUUAGCACGCACCUCAGGGAGACCCUGCCGAAGAUCCCGUACGUCAAGGCCAUCGACGUCUACCUGAUGGGCUGCUUCGUGUUCGUGUUCCUGGCUCUGCUGGAAUAUGCCUUUGUGAAUUACAUCUUUUUUGGGAAAGGCCCUCAGAAGAAAGGAGCUGGCAAACAAGACCAGAGCGCUAAUGAGAAGAACAAACUGGAGAUGAAUAAAGUCCAGGUCGACGCCCACGGCAACAUCCUGCUCAGCACCCUGGAGAUCAGGAACGAGACGAGCGGCUCGGAAGUGCUCGCGGGCGGAGACCCCAAGGCCGGCAUGUACGCCUACGACAGCGCCAGCAUCCAGUACCGGAGGCCGCUGAGCAGCCGCGAGGCCUACGGGCGCGCGCUCGACCGGCCCGGCGCGCGCGGCAAAGGGCGCAUCCGCCGGCGCGCCUCGCAGCUCAAGGUCAAAAUCCCCGACUUGACUGACGUGAACUCCAUAGACAAGUGGUCCCGAAUGUUCUUCCCCAUCACCUUUUCUCUUUUUAACGUCGUUUACUGGCUUUACUAUGUGCACUAAGGUCUGUCCCGAUGGUUCCUAGACGACUUCUUUCCUCUUCUUUCGGUUUUUAACCCCACAGGUCCCUCGCAGCGUUGCUGCUGUGCUUUUUGAGGUAAGAGGUUCACUGUCCAGUUGGUUUUAGGUCUUGCACAUCAAUUUUAUCACUGCACCAUGUUUACUUAAAAAAAAAAAAACAGAAAACAAACCUAUUUUUUUCCAGUCUACUGUGGUCCAGGUUAUCGGCUCUUUCAGAGCUUCGUUAAUUGCCAUGUUUACAAACACACACACAGAGAAAUUAGAUAGGUAGAUCUUUAGCAGUUCUAGUCGCCCUGGAUUUUAUUGUUUUUAAAUGCAAAUGAAAAGAGGGCUCCGCCCUCGGUGUGCAUGGCCUCCUGGUGAGCUGUAACAAUCUCCUGCUGCCAAAAAACAAGACAAUUUCCAGGAUCUCAGAAGAAAAAACACAAAGCCAUUGAUAAGUUACAGAUCUCCAGGAUGAAGGGAAAACAAAAAGGAGCCUAGAAGAAGAAGGAAGAUUCCUUUCCACUCUCCAUCUUCCCCAGGUCCAUUGUAGGAGUCCCUGCUCCACAGAGAAAGGGAGAGAUAGGCAAGCUGGAACCCAGGUUAUACAAACUCAGCCUGCCAUCUUCACUCCACCUUUAAGCUGGAUAUUCUGAAAAAUGCUUCUUUCUCAGACUUCCAGGGAGAUUUUAAAAUUAACAUGAGAAUCCAACCUGGUGGCCACUGGGAACAUUUUUCUCCUCUUGUUAAGAAUGAGACUGGGGGGCAGUGACUGAUUUUGUAAACUAUUUCAAAUGAGCAGCCCUGGACUUAUUUUCUUAGCCUGGAAUCACUUGACUUCAUGCCAUGAAGCCAUGGCGUCACAUUGUCCCAGUUCCUCCUUCAGAGAUUAAGAGAAAGGGGGCUGGGGCGGAUGGGCUUUGAAGAAAGGAGUGGUAAGAAUUUUUGCUUUAGAAAAAUAUUGCCCUUUCCAUGAGGAAGGCAAGACGUAUGUGCUGUGAAAAGGGUGCCUGGGCAGUUACCUGAACUGCCAAAUCUUUAAUCAAAUAGUAUAUAUUUCUUAGCCUUGAGCAGAGCAGUGUCUAAUGGUGACACGCUGGCUGCAUAGCGCUAGUUUCUCAGCUAGCACCGUAUGCCUCUGCUCUCUGAGCUCUGGAUUCCAACAUGUGAAACGAAUGUGUCAGGAAAUGCACACAUAACCCACUUUAGUCUCAUUCCCCUUCAAGGCCAGAUCUCUGUUUUAAAGAAAACCUUCAAAACAGCAAAACCACAGAUAACAGCAUCACCGAGCCUUCAGACAUUUACAACAGCCCGUAGAUGACAGCCCUUCUCCACCAUCAUUACUGCUUCUGCCUUAUCUCUGCUCAUGGGUUACUUUGCUCAUCAUAGUAGGAGUACUCCCUCAAGAGCUCAACACACAAUUCUAAUCAAAUCCAACCAACUACCAUUGAGAUUCAUCUCAUUUAUGUCAUUAAAGCCUCAUUAUUUUUGUGCAGUGUGUGUUCAGCCUGAGUAUGUAUAUAAGAAUUCUACAUAUUCAUUUGCAAGAUGGCUGAGUGAAAUCCAAAGUUGACCGACUAGUCAUAAAGGCAAUUUGGGACCUGAUCUACAAAUGUGGUAUGAAUUGAGGUAAUAAUAGGGAGGUUUGCCUCAUUUGAUGACCUGGCUUUCUUCCUAAGGCUGAUGAGGGCCCCUGUUUACAAUAGCAUCAGCUGCUAGAGAUUAUAAUCUUAAUUGAAAAGAGGAGGCUGAAUUUGCACUGAUAAAUCCAAGGAGAGAGUUAUAGUAUUCUUUUAGAAAGCAAGAGGAAAAGAGAACCCCCAAAUUAAAAAAUAGUUAUGCUAUAGAUAAUAUAUGUUAGUAAGAAAAUAAAAACACUGCUUUAACUGGACAAAUCAUUUCAAUGGUUUCAUGAGAAAUGAAUCAGGCAUGGGGACCAAAUUUCAUUUGUUUUCAGUUGUACAAUCAUACUUCCCUGGUCAAGGAAAUCUCUACCCUCUGGGGAUGAAGCGAUCCAUUUCAGAACUCUGAUUAGUUAGUUCCUUGACAGGGUGAGAUGCUUUUCUGUAGUGAAAUGCCCAAACAGAGUGGGAUGUAGCCAUACCUGUGAUUGUAAGGUUAAUAUUCCCAGUGACCACCCAGGAACCACCAUGUAGUCAUUUAUUUUAAACACAGGAUGGAAGACUUUUGGCUGAUACCUAACAGGAAUGAAUCAUUUUGAUGUAAAAACUCUUUUAAAAAGUGUUUAAGGAUGAAAUGCUAAUUCAGAAAUGAAGUAUCUGUUGAUCCGUGUUCCAUAGCAAAACAAUUUCUCUUUAUUUACUUGUGUAGCUCAUUCUUCUUGGAAAAGAUUGAGUAAUUUAUAAUUUUAUUAUUAUUAUCUUGCCUUUAAAGUCUGAAGAAUUUGAUGCUUGUAGUUUUAGAUGUAAAGCAUCUCAGAGAGAAAAAGAACAUUUUGAAUUCUUAUCUCUUAUCCUUUGUAAAAUGUAAAACUAGUAAGCCUGAAUCCAUUAUCAGGUACAAAAUGGUGUCACGGUGUGCCCUUCUGGAUGUAGACAGGCACAGCAAGUUAAGACACAAAUCCUUUUAAAUAUCUCUGAUUUUAGAGGCAAUGACAGCCAGAAAAAUUGAAAAGCUGCCUGUUUCUAAUUAAUAACCUCUGUCCCCACUUCCUUCAUCUGGAUACUUCCUAGUCAAAUCCUCUCCUCCUUGGUUCCCACCCACUCUUUUUCCAGGAUAAAAAGUACACAGAAAAAAAUUCUUCUCUGCCUGUCUGCCUUGUCUCACCCCAACUGAUGGACAUAAAACAUAAAAGUUGCUAGACUUUCUCAAGUACCCUCAAACUGGUCCCCAUUCCUGAAAGAUUCAGAUCAUUACCUUCUAGAGGUGUUACUGUUUAAAGGUUGUUUUCUUUUAGCCAUGAAAAUAGCCAUAAUCUCCUAAAUUAUCCAAGUGGCAGUGGAGGCUAAAUAUUGCAUGGACUCACUCUCUCAUGCCACAGUCAUGUCCCGGGGACCCCAUGUUCACAAACUGUGAUAUAAACUGUCAUAGACUUAAGCUGUGUGGACCCAGCAGAAAUCUCAUCAUUCAUUUGACAAUGAUGACUACACACUCAUUUCUACCAGUCAAGUUUCUUGACUUAAAAAAUACCAGGGGUGACGUGUGCAUUAUACUCACCAGCUUUGUGAGGCAAAGACCCAGGUAAAGACGUAUUUUGGGCUUGAAUUAUCCAGGAUUGUUGCCUCCACCCUCUCCAUUGCCAAAUAGCAACAGCAGACUGGUUGGUGAUUCUGUUGACUAAAUGAUAUGUGUUUUCAUAUAUGCCAUGUUUAUUGUGCAUUACAAUCAAUGAAGGAUCUUGAAAAUGCAAAGAGAAAAUGUGGUGCAGAGAAUAAAGUUUGGUUUAUGGAUCCAAGGAUAGGCUUUCCUUAAAAAGCACUAUGUACAAUACACAGAAAUGUUGACUAAAUUCUAUCUUUCUAAAAUCAAUGACUACUUUAUAAAUAUUCAUUUCAGAAAGAGCUCAAUCAAAAUUUGCCAAGUGAAACAAACAAACUAAAAAAAGAUCUAUUUAUAAUGCUAGAAGGAAAAGAUCUCCAAGAUUUCUUAUAUGGACCAUUUUGAAUAGUAUUUUACAAAGGGUGAUAUGCCACAGUUUUGUUUUUUUUUUUCCUUUUCUGAACAAAAUGUAAUCAAAUAUUUAUCCCAGGAGCUAGGGUAAAGAAACGGGCAAGCAUUUGUUCACGUUGGUUCAAUCAGCAGUUACUGGGACGAGGAGGACAGAAAAACAACAAGAUCAGCAAACAGUCAACACAGAGGUGAAGUUGUUAAUGGAAUGUAGAAUAUUAUGUAAACUUCCUUGUAAAUUCUGUACAUAGUUCAUUGAACUGUUCCUUGUGGCGUGGUGAUCCUCUGCUUCUGGGUGGAUGUCUGAAAACUCUGAGCAUUGUAAAUAAUGUCAGCUUAAAAGGCACUUGCUUUUUUUUCAUGAAGUGAAACGACUAGUGAUUUGGGCCCAAACCAGAAUCCUUUUAGCUCUUGCUCCUUCUCUGCCCUUGUGUGCGUGCAGGUGUGUAGUUCUGCCAGGGGUCUCUGAUCACUGCCUCAUGCUCCAACCCCACCGACAGGGGCUGGGGCUGCCAAGAAGGCUGCACCCCGCGGGCCUGGGAACAGCACACCAGCAGAACCUCAGCGAGCCGCCCCCGGAACUAUGCCGUGGAAAGUAGACGUGUUUUAAUCACUCAUCCGUGGCUAUUCAUAUGUUCAGAUGCUGAAUUACCCAAGCUCUUGAGGGGGUCAGGAAUGGAAGAUGUGGUCAAAAUCCGCAGGGAAUCGAAAGCUUCAUUUGCACCAAUAGCUUUAGCUUCUACCUUCUUUCCUUCCACAAGGUUUCCCAGAACUUUUAACAAGAAUAUAAAUGGAUGGAUGGUUGAUUAGGGUAAACAGUCAAAUGUACAAAUGAUGGGAAGGAGAAAAGGAAGAGAUAGCCAGUGACACUGAUAAUACCAACUGGUUGACUCAACCCUGAAAGAUCCAGAGGUAACCAUGUCACUGUUUUUGAAAGGUAAAAAGAAAUACUGGUAUAAAUGGACUGGGUAUUAAGACAAGUCUUUUUCAACUCAGUGUCAAAGAUAUGUUUGGUAUGUACUAGUCAAAUUUAAGAGAGAAUCUGGUAAUUAAAUGUUCUCAAAUAUA